GGCGGGGCACCUUAAGGAGGGAAGGCAGUAAAUGAAGCUCUUGCAGCUCUUCAGUGGUUAGCUCUUCACUGUGGUCCUCCACCAACUCUUCCACAUCCAUCCGUGCGAGCAGCUGGUGGCAGUGGGUUGACAUGCCCCAUACAACCAAUAUAAGAUGGCAGUUCAUAAAUCUGGCAUGGAAUGUUUGGAGCAGCUGACGCGGAAGAAACUCUCAGGAGCCAGGUCCUCUAGUAUUCCUCCCAUGAAAACUGAUAAUAAACAUAACUCAAAGAGUAAAGGAUUUAACACGAGGAAGCGAGCCUCACUCACAAAAACUGAUGAACAGAAGGAAGCAAGUUUAAGUAACACAUCUCAUGAGCAAGUAGCUGCUAAAACAAAUGAAAAAAUUAAAAGACACUCAAGAUCUGAGAGUAAAGAGCUAAGAGUUAAACCAUCUUUAGAUGCAAAUGAGAAUAAAACAAAUCGAGAUUCUUCAAGGCAUCGGAGGCUGGACCCCCAAAAGAAACUGCAUAAUGAUACAAAAGGAGUGGUAAGCUGUCAUGAUAAAGAUUGUGAAGCUAGUGAUCUAGAUUUUUCAACAAUUGAACAAAAGAUAUUUGAAGGAUUUCCACUGGGAAAUAACUUUGACAGGGGAUCCUUAAAGAAAGAGAAAACUAAAAAGAAAAUGAUAAAUAGUUUACCUGCAUCAUCUCAGAAUAUGAAAACAAAUACCAGAUCAAGCAAAAUUGCCCUGUGCUUGAUAAAAAAAAUGUGCCAAGUAAAAGGAGCCAUAAUUCUCCAGCCAAAAUUAAUAAAAAAAGAGAAAAGGAUGUGAAUCUUGUAUCAAAAAGCUCAAUCCCACGAGACUUGAGUAAGGGCAAAAUUUCCAAACCAGUUACUAAUUCAAAAAAUAGGAGUGUCAAGUCAAAUAAGAAGACAUCUGUUACAGCUUCAGAUUCUGAUGUAAGUGACUGGGAGGAAGUCAAUGAAAUGGAAGGAGUCAAUGAAAUUGAGGAGCUACUCACUGGAUCACACUUGGCUAAAGCAAAACCUGAAGGGGUUCAGAUUGAGCUUGAUGCACCAGAUGUGUUGUGGGGCAUACGCAGGAGGAAGAAACGUACCGAAGAGGAGAUGAUUGAAGACUAUUUACGGAAGCGUGCUAAUCGAUCCAUCAAAGUAGUUCAUGAAAAUAUGCACAAAGUACAUCUCCUUUCCCUUUUUGCCUUUGGGAGGCAUGUCAACAAGAUUUUAAACUCUGAAGAGCUACUUGGUGCUGCUCUCUCCAUUAUUACCGACAAGAAAGCUUAUCCACCUAAGAGAUUAGAUUUUAAGCACCUGGAAGUACUUGUUGGCUGGUUUUCAAAGAAAAUCACAGUAAAACCUGAGGAUAUGGAAGAUGAUUAUUGGAGUCAUCCACUAAAACAGAUAUUGGCAGUGAGGUUUGAGAUGAAAAAAGCAUGUUCAAAUCAAGAGCUUGUGUUCAUGUUUGUUGUACUCUGUCGUGCCCUCGGAAUAAACACACGGUUGGUAUUGUCUUUACAACCAAUGAGUUGGAAACCAUCUAUGGAAAGCUUAAUUAAGCCACCAAAGAAAGGGGAGAAGAAAACUAUAGCUCCUGAACCAUCUUGUUCUUGGGACACAGAAAAUUCUCAGGACAAUUUAAAGAAACAGAAUAAUAAUGUGAAAAGAAACAAUAGAAAAAUGCUGUCAUCUGAUUCUGAAGUGGAAUCUAAAGGAAAUAAAGGUUCAGGUGUAAAGAAAAUAAAUAAGAAAGAAAACAUUCAAAAGAGAAAGUCUCUAAGUGAUGAUGGAGAGGAUAGUGACUUUGAUUUGAGCUAUAGUAAGAUAAAAAAAGGUCCAAAGUUACAAAGACAGAGAAGGUCUGACAAGAGAAACAGCAUGGAGGGUAAUGAGAACACUGAUAAGAGAAAAUUCUGUGGAAAAGUUGGAGAUGUAGAGGGUAAAAGAAGAAAAGGUGAGCCUUUCGUGGAAUGGAUAGAAGUGCAUGUUGAAGAGGAAGAGAAGUGGGUGUGCAUUGAUGUAACAAGAGCCAAAAUUCAUUGUAUAGUUGAAAUUGAGGCUCGUAUGCCAGCGGGAUCAGCUUAUAUCACUGCCUAUAAUGCCAACCUAACAGUGAAAGAUGUAACAAGGCGCUAUGUUUCUAGUUGGCUCUCCAGCGAAAAUAAAAUACGAUGCUGCAGUAAAUGGUGGGAGGAGUCACUGAAACCUUUUAAGGGACAAAGGACUCGACUAGAUAAGGAGGAGGACAAAGAAAUGGACCAAAUUCUUCAGGAGCAGCCACUACCAAGGAGCAUCGGAGAGUACAAAAAUCAUCCAUUGUAUGCUUUGCAACGCCAUCUUCUUAAGUUUGAAGCAAUCUACCCACCUGAUGUCUCUCCUGUUGGAUUCAUCAGAAGCGAACCAAUUUAUCCCCGUGAUAGCGUCUACAAUCUGCAUUCUCGGGACACUUGGGUGAAGGAAGCUAAGACAGUGAGAGUUGGGGAGGAACCAUACAAGGUUGUAAAAGCCCGACCUAAAUGGGAUAAGGUUGCAUGUAAAGUGAUCAAAGAUAUUCCAUUGGAGUUGUUUGGAGAGUGGCAAGUGGAAGACUAUGAACCUCCAGUGGCCUCAGGAGGAAAGGUUCCUCGUAAUGAAUAUGGCAAUGUGGAACUGUUCAAGCCAAGCAUGCUUCCAAAGGGAUGUGUACACAUUCCAAUUGCUGGCCUCAAUCGUGUAGCUCGAAAGCUGAAUAUUGACUGUGCUCCAGCAAUGGUAGGAUUUGAUUUUCACUCUGGCUGGACUCAUCCUGUUUAUGAUGGCUAUGUAAUUUGUGAGGAAUUCAAACAUAUACUACUAGAUGCAUGGAACCAGGAACAAACUGAACAAGCUAAAAGAGCAGAGGAAAAGAAGCAGAAAAGAAUUUAUGAUAACUGGAGGAGGUUGAUUCAAGGAAUUUUAGUAAAGGAAAGAGUGAGGAAAAAAUAUGGGAAUACCUCUCAGUCUGAUGAGGAAGAGAAACAGAUGCAAAAGGAAACUGUCCCCAAAAAGAUGGAGGAAAAGAAAAAGGAAAUAACUAAGAGAAAAAUCAAACAAAAGGAUAUUGAUGCAAUUCAACCUCCUCUUAUAACACAUCAGAUUAAUACUAGUCUUAGUAUAGAUUUUAGUUCCAGUGUUGUGGAAAUGGCUGAGAAGAGCAGGAGGAGAACUAUGACAACCAAAAACAGUGUCAAGAGAGAUUUUAUCAAGAGGAAAAUGACAGAUAAAGAUAAUAAAAAUGAUUUACCUGACAGUGAUAGUGAAAAUGAGCUUGAUGAUGAUAAAAAGAAAGAAAAAAUUAGAGCUAUUCUCCAGUGGGGAAAUGAAGCUGUAAUGCCUAUGCCUGACCUCAGUGAUGAUAGUGAUGUGGAAAGAGAUUCUCAGCCCUCAUCUCAUGUGGCUGGUCUUCAGUUUUCUAAUCCUUUCCACAGUUCCAAAAUAAAGGCUAGUAUGAGAAAGCAAGGAGACUCCAAAGGUAGUAAAUUGAGAAAAAGAACCAAAGAAUCCACAAAGCAGAACUCAUCAGAUUCCGAGUGUGUUACAGAUGUAUCCACUAGUCGUUCAACUACUCCUGAACCAAAAGUAGAAAAUGUUAGUAAUCUGGGAUACAGGAGAACAUCUCGCAGAUUCACAAAACAGAAGGUUAAGACGUACAAAGAGAGCGAAGGAGAAAGUGGAGCGGACAUUUCAAUCGAUGAGAGUGACUGUGAAGAUAAAUCUUAUGAUCCUAAAAAAGGAGAGAGAAUAGGUACUCAGGUAUUAAACAUGAAUGAGGGCAGUGAGACUGACUAAUUUCCAUUGUUUGGUGGAGAAACGGUGUAAAAUCUAAACAUAUACACCUACCAUCCGACUUACGACCGAGUUCGGUUCCGAGAAACCGGUCGUAAGUCGAAACAGACGCAAGUUGAACUUUACUACUUAAUAUCAAAAUAACAUUUUUGUUGACUUUAUUUUAUUGUUUUAUUUUGGUAUUUCAUGUUUUACUUUACUUUUUUAUGCUGUUAGUACUGUAUUUUAUACUGUAAGGUUUAGGAUAAACACUGUGUACAACACAAACACUUGUUUAUUUCCCAGAAAUUUGGCAUAAAAAACACGGUCGUAAGUCGAGUCGUCGUAUGUCGAGCAGGUUGUAAGUCGGAUGGUAGGUGUAUACAUAUAUAUCUUUCUUUCCUUCAACACACCGGCUGUAUCCCACCGAGGCGGGGUGGCCCAAAAGGAAAAACAAAAGUUUCUCUUUUUGUACAGUGGACCCCCGCAUACCGCACGCAUCGCAUACCGUACAAUCCGCAUACCGCUCGCUUUUUUCGCAAAAAUUUUGCCUCGCAUACCGCCCAAAAACCCGCUCACCGCUCUUCGUCCGAGACGCAUCCAAUGUGCGGCCUGAGCCACGCUCACAUGUUCCGCCGGUGGCAUUGUUUACCAGCCAGCCUCCGCGGUAACAUCCAAACAUACAAUCGGAACAUUUCGUAUUAUUACAGUGUUUUUGGUGAUUUUUUCUGGAAAAUAAGUGACCAUGGGCCCCAAGAAAGCUUCUAGUGCCAACCCUACAGCAAUAAGGGUGAGAAUUACUAUAGAGAUGAAGAAAAAGAUCAUUGAUAAGUAUGAAAGUGGAGUGCGUGUCUCCGAGCUGGCCAGGUUGUAUAAUAAACCCCAAUCAACCAUCGCUACUAUU